AUGCUAGGAGGCAUGCAGGUCAUGCUCGUCUCGAUCUACGCCAUGUGCAGUGUAGGAGUUGCUGGCGACGCGGAACUGCUAGCUCCGCUGCCCGAGAUUCUUCGGGCGGCGUGCCCCCCCUUCGUUAUUGCGGGAGAUUUGAAUUUUGAGGCCGAGCGUUUCGGCCGAGGCUCGUCUCUCAGAGCAGGUUUCCUGCAUUUUUUGCGCGAGUAUGUCGUGCGCAGCGGCGAGCCGGCGUAUAUCGAUGUUUAUUUGUCAUUCUUGUUGGGCCCCGCAGGGCCGUCGAACUUGCCCUUGGAGGGCUCGGGGGCUCGCGUUUAA